UGUAUUCCUUGAAAGUUGAAACGUCACAAGUAAUCGACUCGUAGGUUUGCCGGAAGUUGUGGAGAGAUUGAUCGGAGGGGAUCCAGAAACUGGUAAAGAUGCCUAAAAAAAUGGGGGUCAACAGUAAAGCCGAGGCAGCUAGGGCUCGGAAGGGCGCAGUCGAAGCUGAACGGAAGGACCGGGAGGCACGCCAGAAGGAAGAUCAGUACUGGAGCCAGGCCGAGGGAGCCAAGUCUCGAGCCGCAAAGAAACGCGAGGAAGAGGCUGAGAAGCGAGCCGAGGCUGCUGCUAAGAAAGCCGAGGCCCGCCGUCUCGCUGAACAGGAGGAGAAGGAGCUCUCCAAGUCUCUCCAGAAGCCGGACAAGAAGGCUAAUCGGGUCUCCAUUCCGGUGCCGAAGAUGACCGAGGCUCAACUGCGGAGACGGAGGGAAGAGGAGCAGGCGGCGAUGCAGAAGAAGGGCGAGGAGGAGAAGCGGAAGCAGAGCCGCGUUGCGGAGGAGGAGGAGUACGAAAGGAUGGUGCUCGUCACAAAUACCAAUCGUGAUGAUUCCAUUAUUGAGGCGCGGACAGUGGAUGAAGCGCUUGCUAAGAUGACAGUUGUAGAUAAUUUGCCUGUGGAUAAGCAUCCCGAGAAGAGACUUAAGGCUUCUUUCAAGGCCUUUGAGGAAGCUGAGCUUCCGAAGCUGAAAGAAGAGAAACCAGGGCUCACACACACUCAGUACAAAGACUUAAUUUGGAAGCUAUGGAAGAAAUCUCCAGACAAUCCUCUUAACCAGAUUGCUGAUAAAUAAUAAGUUCAUUCUUUACUUUGAAGGCUGGCCAUUUUCCUCGGGGCUUACUAUGUAAGGUCAUAGCUUCACAAGUAUGUGAGAUCAUAUGUUCUGUGAACUGGUUUGGAUGUCCAUAGUGUUUCUGCCAUUGUCUGUCUGAAGAGUCCUUUUUUAAGUGAUGCAAUCUGUUUAGCCCUAAAUGGUUGCUGAGUGAAUUACAUCAUUAUUCCUGUACUUAUUGUACUUAGCUUCAACUGUUUGGCUCCAUGAGCAGUGCUACUAUUCUGUUAUUAACUGUAAGUAAUUUAUGCAUAAAGUUUUCUCCCUCUCCUGUAGCCAAUAGGAGAAAACAGUGAUGUUUUUGUUUUUCAACAGUUUAACGCAUGAAUCAUUUAAUAUUUGAUA